CGGUACUUGAGUAUUGAUCAAUUAUACAAAUGAUACCCUUACAAACAAGGUACCAAUAUGGUCGAGUAGAUGCCACAAUCACAAUUCGCCGUAGUCCGUGAAUACGGGAACCUAUUCAACCAUUAUCAACACACUUUGCCUUCAGACCUCAAAUUUCCUCAAUGAAAUCGACCUUCUAUAUCAGCAAGAAAGAGAAGACUUUACACUCAUGAGGAGCUGUCUGUUACCAUCCGUGGUAAGACGCAUUGCAACGUCACCACGAUCAUUUAUUAAAACACCUUUUUAUGGAAUUUGUAAAAACUCGACAAGUUCUACAAAUUCUACCUCGACCUCGAUCUCUCGAAGUUAUAGUUCUGACAGUGCAAGCUCAUUGCCACCAUGGACGCAACAUCCACUGAAUACGAACCAACCGAGUGAAAAUGACCUGACGAAGCUCUCUAAACCUCAAGGUCAACCUCAACUUGCAUAUAUCGCUUUGGGCAGUAAUUUGGGUGAUCGAGUGGGAUGGAUAGAAAUGGCCUGCAACAAAAUGUCGGAGAGGGGGAUUAAAAUAAAAAGAACCAGUGGGUUAUGGGAGACUGAACCUAUGUAUGUUCUUGAUCAAAAUAACUUUCUUAAUGGAGCUUGUGAGGUAAGUUCUAUUUUCGCAUUCAAUGGUGCUGGUUCAUCCACGUGAUUAUCCGUAUUGCACUGUGCAAUUGGGACGAGGUGGCUACCAACUUUGGAGGGUUGGUCUAAAAUGUUUGUUUUCGAGGAAACAGCAUCACUCACGCCAGCUUUCAGAGGAAGAAGUGAAGUUCGUUCAUUUGAACUUGGUAUACGUCACCAAGCUAUAGCUGAUAUUUAUCAACAGGUAGAAACAACCUUACAACCACUUGCUCUACUGGAUGAACUUCAAGCUAUUGAGAAUGAGAUGGGUAGGAAAAAGAUUGUUGAUAAGGGCCCAAGAAAUAUUGAUCUUGAUAUUCUCCUUUACGGCAAUGAGGUUGUAAAUCACCCCAGGUUACAGAUACCUCAUCCUGGUAUGCUUGAACGGGAGUUCGUUUUGAGACCACUGGCAGAGUACUAUCACACCAAUUCUUUCCAUAAGCAUACUUUUUACUGAUAUGAUAUAAGGCUCAUUCCUGGACAACCUCUGAAUCCGAAAUCUCCAUGGAAGUUUACUCAGGAUUAUUUAAAUGCAUUGCCGCCAUCUCCAACCCCCUUAUCCACCAUAACUCCAUUGAAUCCAUCUAUCCCUCCAAUACAUGCUCUAAAAACGAAUCGACAAACCCAUGUAAUGGUAAUCCUGAAUAUGACACCCGACUCUUUCUCAGAUGGAGGGGAGAAUUGCAAUGAUGGAGAAUUUAUACGAGACAAAUCCUCACAAACCACUGCGGAUGGAGCAACUAUUAUUGAUGUAGGUGGUCAAUCAACUGCGCCCGGUGCACCGGAAGUAUCCCCUGAGGUCGAAGUGAGUCGCGUUUUACCGACCAUCCAAGCGAUUAGAGAUGGAAAUUCCCCUAAGAAUGUAGCGGUUAGUAUCGAUACUUAUAGAGCAUCUGUUGCUAGGGCUGCUGUUGAAGCAGGUGCGGAUAUCAUUAAUGAUGUCUCUUCGGGUCAACGCGAUCCAGAUAUGUUAUCCACCAUGGCCCAACUUGGAAAAACAGUCUGUCUGAUGCAUAUGAGAGGAACUUCUGCGACUAUGAAUACUCUCACAAACUAUGAGCCCGAAGGUCUCAUUCCAACAAUUGCAAAAGAACUACUAGAGCGAGUAGCUGAGGCAGAGGCAGCAGGUGUCCGUCGAUGGCGUAUCAUUCUAGAUCCCGGAAUUGGGUUUGCCAAAACAAAAGAUCAAAACCUUGAGAUCCUUCGUCGAAUGGAUGAAUUACGUGAUUGGCCAAGCCUACGAGGCUUGCCAUGGUUGUUAGGAACUAGCCGAAAAAAGUUCAUUGGUAACAUAACCGGUGUUAAAAUACCACGUGAAAGGGAUUGGGGAACUGCAGCUACAGUAACAGCGGCCAUUCAAGGUGGAGCUGAUAUUGUGAGGGUACAUUCACCAUCAAUGGCUUUGGUUGCUAAGAUGGCCGAUGCAAUCUAUAGAGUUUGAAUGUGUAAUCAGUAACUGAAGUUAAAUUCAAUCACAAUAGCUAAACUUUUAGCCCGGCUUUAAUGCUAAUUCUAAUGCUAAUGC